GGGACAGAAAGUGCCAGAAGCAGCCAGAGAAACAGACCUAAACAUGAUAUUUCACCGUUUUGUUUAAACCAAGCCGAUAUCAGACUGAUCGUCGAGCAGCACGGGGCGGAUUUAAAGACCGUCUGUUGAGUUCAUGACACCGUUUAUCGUGUUUUAACGAUUACGUAGCCGAAGCAGAUUAGCUUCCAUGCUAAUGUAAAAUCAUAAUAUGCUCUUUAAAUAUAAACAUUGGUUUUACGAAUCAAAAGAACUGAACUGUACCUGCCGUAAUGGGGUUUAAACACAAUACAUAACGAUAUAUUGUCUUUUCGGGUUUGUUUAUAGAGUCUCGUGCAUGUAAACAGAAAAGGACACGUAGCUACAACAAGAGAGCAGUGCUUGUAUUUAUAUAAACAGCCUUUCUGUUUGAGCUUCCUGUGUGUAUUCAUAAAUGUAUUUAAGAGGAGUUUCAAUUUGAUUGUGAAGGACUUGUUGUCAUCUAUAAUAAGGACACCUGGUUUCCUCUGCACUGGGAUUGGUAGAUCAGAAGAGGAAAACUGCUUUGGUUUGGACGGUUAACCCUAUAAAGUCGAAGCUGAGCAGCAGUCAGGAUGCCUCUGCUGUUUCUGGAGCGCUUCCCCUGGCCCAGUUUACAGACAUACACAGCCCUGAGCACAGUUCUGCUGGCCGGGGCCAUAUUAAGUGCCUACAGCACAGUCAGAGACUCAGAGUACUCGUCUGCACUGACAGAGGACUCGCACAGCGCGCCUGAUGAGGAGCUCAAGCUGGACCAGCUGGACCACAUCGGGAGUGUGGCCACUAAAGUGCUGCUGCACCUCAUCAUGGACAGUCUCUUCGUCUGGGUGAUGGUGAACACGGCGUGCUGCAUCCUCAUGUUAAUAGCUAAAGUGAUCCAGUGCAUUGUGUUUGGACCGCUGAGAGUCAGCGAGAAGCAGCAUCUGAAAGAUAAGUUCUGGAACUUCAUCUUCUACAAGUUCAUCUUCAUCUUCGGCGUGCUGAAUGUGCAGCGGGUGGAGGAGGUGGUGCUGUGGUGUCUGUGGUUCUCCAUGCUCAUCUUCCUUCAUCUGAUGGUGCAGCUCUGCAAAGACCGCUUUGAAUAUCUGUCGUUUUCUCCCACUACUCCGAUGAGCAGUCAUGUGCGAGUGUUGGCUCUGCUGGUGUCUGUUUUGACGUGCUGUGGCGGUCUAGCAGUGCUCUGCGCUCUAGUCGGGCAUCUUCACGGCAUGCACACUGUCGCUUUCAUGGCGGCUGAGUGUUUGCUGGUGACAGUGCGCACAGGACACGUCAUCAUACGGUAUUCCAUUCACUUGUGGGACCUGAACCAUGAGGGAACCUGGGAGAACAAGAGCUCAUAUAUCUACUACACAGACUUCGUCAUGGAGUUAGCCAUCCUCUGCCUAGACCUGAUGCAUCACAUACAUAUGCUGCUCUUUGGGAACAUCUGGUUGUCCAUGGCUAGUCUUGUGAUCUUUAUGCAGCUGCGCUAUCUCUUUCACGAGGUGCAGAGAAGAAUUCGCCGCCAUAAAAACUACUUGCGUGUUAUUGACAAUAUGGAGUCCAGGUUUGCUGUGGCAACGCCUGAUGAGCUGAUGGCUAAUAACGAUGAUUGUGCCAUCUGCUGGGAUUCAAUGACUACAGCACGCAAGCUGCCCUGUGGCCAUCUCUUCCAUAAUUCCUGUCUGCGCUCUUGGCUGGAGCAGGACACUUCCUGUCCCACAUGCCGUAUGUCACUGAACAUUAAUGAAGGCGGGAGGGAGAGAGAGGAGGGCCAGAGGGAGCCGCUGGAUGAUAACAUUGCUGCUGGACCAGGAACAGAGGCCCGACCGCACAUCAACCAGCAUAACCACUUCUUCCACUUUGAUGGGUCCCGCAUUGCCAGUUGGCUGCCAAGUUUCUCUGUGGAGGUCAUGCACACCACCAACAUCCUUGGUAUCGCGCAGGCCAACAACUCGCAGCUCAAUGCCAUGGCCCAUCAGAUCCAGGAAAUGUUUCCACAGGUUCCUUACCAUCUGAUCCUGCAGGAUUUGCAGCUCACUCGCUCUGUUGAGGUCACCACUGAUAACAUCCUGGAGGGCAGGAUCCAGCCUGUGGAGCGCACCCCCAUACAGGUAAACACUGCUGCUGAAGAUUCAGCGGGUGCCAGCAGCAGUUCAGAGGUCGCUGCCCCUGAGACGGAAGACUUUGAGGUGCGGGGGAGCCGCUUUUCCAAGUCCGCAGAUGAGAGACAGAGGAUGCUACUGCAGAGGAAGGAGGAGCUACUCCAAAGAGCUCGCAGACGUUAUCUACACAGAAAAUCUGAUGAAGGAGAUGUGUUUUCUGUUCCUGCCGCUGAUAUUGAUGAUGCCAUGCCCUCCAUGGAGGAUGAAGACUCCGAUUCAGUGACCUUGAGGCGCAGACGACUGGCGGCCGCAGCAGAGAGACGCAUGCAGAGGCAGGAGCCUCCCCCAUUUUGAAUCAAGCAAAAACAUGCAUGAUGCGCCUAUGGUACAGCCAUGCCGUCAUACAGUUUUGAGCUGAUCAAUGCACAUUUGUGCUAGAUGCAACUAUACAUGUACCCAUCAAACAUCAAAUUAAAAAGACACAUGCAUCUUUCAUUCAUGUGUCUUCCAUAGACAAUUUUUUUUUAAAUGUUAGUACCGAAACAAGAGCAUGGUUUGGAGAUCUGUUCAUACAUGUAAAACAAACAAACAAAAAAAUUGGUUUUGGUUCCUGAGUUUGCACUUCUUAAACGUCUUUGUACAAAUCAGACAAUUUUAAUAAUGUUAUGUUGCGUACUAACUGUUCGACUCUAGAGCUUAAGCAGCAAACAACAUGCUGGGAUUGAUCUGUGUUGUGAAUUUUGAGUUUCUUUCUUUUGCCAGCGAAUAUCCACACGAUUUUGCUGCUGUUUAGCAUUUGAAUCUGCCUUUAAGUCGGUUGGCUCAUGCGCUCGAAAAGAGACAAUCUUGCGAGUUGGAGUUACGCUUACAAUGCCACCCCAGCAUUUUAGAGUCUCCGAAGACCGUUUAAAAGGAAAGUGGCAUAGAUCCUAGUGUCUGUUCUCGCAUUGUUGUGACAACAAAUUGCUCUGUGCAUCAUAAAAGGUGUUCAUUUUGUCACAUGAUCUUGUUUCUCUAGUGUUGUCAUUCAAAACAGACAUAUUUAAUUCAUCUCUUAUUCUAAACUUGUACUAGUGGUUAAAUAGUGAGAAAAUGUUCACUUCCUCCCUCUGUUUUGUGCUGCAGUAAAGGAGAAGCAUACGGUCAGGGUAGAUGUUGUGUUUAAUUUAGUGAAAGUCUGUUCAAUGUUGUCCUGGUGUCAUUUUCACAAAAACUUUUUCCGUUAGGGUCAAAUUAAAUGGAGCAUCUACUCUGACUAAGGUCCUUUUGGUUUGUUCACACAUAACACCGUUACGGUCAUUAGGUCGGUUUUGUAGCUUUUUCAUCAGCGUUUUAUUCUGUUUGUAUUUGAAUGGUUUUAAAGACAUAUAUUACUCUGCGUACUAAUGCUUAUAAAUGCUUGUUUUUUAACUGGCCCAUAGCAUUUAUAAUGUAUUUUCACAGGAUAAUUUGGCAUGGACGCUGCAAACAAUUCAGAAUCUUGCAUGUUGAGUUUGAAGUGUACAAGCUUUUCAUGUAAUAGCACGUGACUUUUAAUUUGCAUUUGCCUUCUGUUAAAUAACCGCAAUCUCAAGUUGAACCAUCAUAACUAUGGCCACUUAUACAAGAACUUAUUGGCUUGAUAGCCUGUUUGUCGACCUCGAAAAAGAAGUACAUCUUCAGAAUUGUCUGAUGUUUUACACUGUGAAUCUAUUCUAUCAAAUACUUGUAAUGUCACACGUGGAUGAUUUGAUCACUUUUUUUUUUUUUCUUCUUUUUUAACCUUUCAUGUGGGUGUCUUUUUCUAUGCAUGAAAUCACUGACACUAUUUGUUUCCUGAUCAACUUUCCCAAAGACUCUCCUAGUGAUUAUAAUGAAGCUGGUUGUUGUGAUUGUAAUGGCCGCAGGUCGAUGUAGAAUAUGUUUGUUUUGGUUGCACAGAUGCACCUUUCAGCAGUAUUUCUUAAAAAAAUGCAUUAAUUAAAUGUCCACUGGAAUGAUUCAGAUAAUAAUUUGUGAUUUGAUGGGCGGUCAAGCUGUUUGCUGGAAACCAGAGGGAAGCAUUGGAUUGCUUUAUGUACACAAUUCAUUCAUUUGUGCCUCAAAUCUACAGUGGAUCAAUAACAGUUUGAUUUGUGUAAAUAAUUUUGUAAUAAAGACUGUAAAAUACAUGUGAAAUGACCCUGUACAAAAUAAAAGUCACAGCUGCUUUAGAAGCUUUUACCCACA